AUGCCCGGGCAGGGCGCGGAGCCGCCGCUGCCCCGCCGCACCGCGGCCGGACCGCCCCCGCCCGCCCCCAGCCCCGGCAGCGGGGCAGGAACGGAACGGGAACGGCAGGAGGAGGAGGAGGAGAGGGGGGGGCGUGACAAGUUGUGCCAAACUUCGGGAGGUGUGCGAGCGGCCGAGCUGGGCUGCCGGCCGGCCCCGCCGCCUCCCCCGGCCCGCCGGCGCGCCCCCCGCCCGCCCCGGGCAGCGGCAGCGACAAAGUUAGAACAGCGCACCUACCCGCUGUCUCGGGGAGGGGGCUGCGCGGGGAGUCCCCCCGGCUCGGCGGGGCUGCCUCACACCGUCCCCGACCUCCUCCCGCCGGUAAGUGACGCGCCCGCCGCCCCCGCGCACGGCCACCAUCCUCAUCCUCGUCCUCAUCCUCAUCCUCGCUGCCCGCCGAGCGGGCGGGGCGGGGCUGUCCGCCGCCACGGCCGGCGGCUCAAAGCGGCGGCACCGAGCCCUCCCCGCCUGCUCCGCCCGGGAACUUCUUCCCCGAGCGGGGCUGCCGCGGGCACGCCGCUGCCGAGGUGUCCCUUCCCGAGGAGCGCUGCCCCCGCCCGCCCUUCCGCGGAGAGUAAACACGCCGGGAGCUGCGUGUCCGUGUCCGUGAGCGUGUCCGUGAGCUGGCACCUCCCGCACGGCCAGCCCGUGUCACCGCACCGCAUCCCCAGGAGCCGCGGCAGAGGCAGAAGUUUGGGCUGCCCGCCCCUCCGCGCUCUCCGCAGCGCCGAAGAUGAGGUGAGGAGCCCAUGGGCCACGGCUGAGCACCAGACAGCCCCAGGACGUGCUGGGAUACAGGGAGAGCUCCUGGCAGGGACACCUGAGGUUCAGCUCCUGCUGGCACCAGCUCAGGGCCCUGUGCAGAAGAGUCAAAGCAGGAAAGAAGGCCAGAAGAGAAGAUGGCCAGCCACGAGGAUGAAACCAAAAUAGAAGCAAGAAGUUAAGUGGCACACUGGGACACUCAGAAAAUUAUCUAUUAGACAAAAAAAUUUUUUUUA